AUGCACAGGCUUCACUCCGAAUAUAGAAGCACAUAUCGAUGGCAUGAAUAUACGGGGCCAAGACAAGAAGUCGUUAGAAGACCGCCUCAAACUAAUGCCCCUGAAAAAACUAACGAUAUAAAUGAAGCUAAAAUUAACGAGGAUGACUUCCAUGCUUCUGAAGCAAUGCAUAAGCCGGAACCUGCCAUGCCUAGAAGAAAAAAAUAUCCCGAUUUAGCCUACCGACACACCGAGUUCAUCUCCAGUGACCGUGCAAAUGAUUUUAAUAGUGCAGAUAGAGCUAGGGGAAAAGACGGCAGUCUUUUAAGAAAAGCUAUUUCAAAAUUAAGUACUGAAUAUAGACUGCAAUUUGCUUGGCCUCAGGGACACACUUCACGUCGGGAAGCUGCUGGGUCCACACCACGUAAGAGCCAUUCUAUGGGAGCUUUGAAGGCACGAGCCCAAGCUAAUGCCAUGGUUCAAAAGAAUAGGAUUCAUCUAGAAAAUAGAGAUGCUAGUGAAUUGGAACCAUUGGUAGACGACAAGAACAACCGAGAGAGAUGCCGAGAAGAGUUCAACACCGAAUAUAAAAAGAAGUUUAGACCAUUUUCCCAAUACGAAUAUACCGAGAGAGGAUUUGCGUCAAAGGGAGUCGACCCAAUAGAAGAAGUUCAGAAGAAUCUUACCGAAAACGAUAAAAAUGCUUCUUGGUACAAAGAAGUUGUAGAGCUACGCAAGAAAGCUGGAGAAUACAAGCACCGUGGUUGGGGAAGUGAAUUGGCACCAGAACGUCUUAGUGAUAUUUACAACAAACAAAUAGAGCUAUGGAAUCAAGUCUCUAGACGAAGUUCUUUAUCAGCUUUAUCUCUAGCUUCCAUGCCUCAUAAGAAUUUUACCAAAGAAGAAAAAGAGGAUGAUAAUAAUAGAAAGAGUUCUCCAACUAAAGCUUAUAGGAAUGCCGAAAAUUCUGCCAGGAUGAUCAGAGACAUUAUACGACAUCAUUUAGAAAGGACAACCGGUGGUUCAGUUUGUUGUGUUUUAUUGUUAAAUAGUGGUCAUUUUAAAAUGGAAAGUCAACCGGGACCUUCUGACAUUAAAAGAAAAUUAUCAAAUAGGGAGCUGACUCGUCCACUAACGGUAGAAGAGAUGCGACAUAUUUUAGAGUCGGACGACGAUGAAAGUGAUGAUAACUUUUCUGUACACAGUGAUGAAGGACAUACAACAGACAUUGCGAGUGAUACUAAUGACGAGCAUGGAAUUGAUGACAUACAGAACGCAAUUACAGCAACAAAUACGUCCAAUGAUCAAAACCCGACGUGGAGUAAUGAAGCUCUUCUCACCUGUUGGAGAAAAUAA